AUGUCGAGUGUAGACAGUCUUCCUAACGGGGGCAGCGCCUCCGUCUCGUACCUUCCGGGCUAUAUAUUCUUAUCCUACGUCGUCAGUGUUAUGGGAUGCACGACCACUUUAGAACUCCUUCAUCGGCGAACAUCCACAGCUGGCUUCUAUAAUUGGUAUUUGCUACUCACAUCUGCAAUUUCCAUGGGAGGCAUUGGCAUCUGGUGCAUGCAUUUCAUUGGAAACCGUGCCAUCGUCCUCGGAAAUGGAGAUAGUCACAUCCAGGUUAUGUACAGCAUGUCGUUCACAGGAGUCUCCUUUGUCCUCCCCGUAUGUGUUUUGCUUACGGCCUUCUACGCGGCCGGAACCGGCGAAAAGGCAGGGUACUUGCGCAUAUUGGCGGGUGGAAUGCUGACAGGUGGAUCUGUCUGUGGUAUGCACUACGUCGGGCAAUUGGGUAUCAGCAACUACACGUGCAGAUAUAAAGCUGAAAACGUGGCUGGGGCAGCCAUAAUUGCUGUAGUCGCAAGUACCGCAGCUCUCGCAAUCUUCUUUCGAUGGAGAGCCUCUUGGACGAAUCGCUGGUGGAGACGCGGAGUCUGCGGCUGCCUCCUCGGCCUGGCUGUAUCUGGCAUGCAUUGGACUGCUGCUGUUGGGACGAGCUACAGUGGCCAUGAUCCGUCCGCAAGCCUUGGUGGUCAACUAUCUCGAACCCAAACUGUCAUCAUAUGCUCUGUUCUGGCUUGCGUUGCCUGUGGAGUUUUGUCAGCCUGUGCUAUAGCUGCUAGUGGCGAAUAUAGGCGUUCGAGAAUACAGGCACAGCAGCUGGUCCUGGCCUCGGUAUUUUUCGACCCUGAAGGUCGGGUUAUGGUUACACCGCAUGCCCUCCUUCCUACAAGAAAAAUCGUGGAUCGCUAUCUUGGCAAGACCUUCAGCGACGAUGAUCUUACUCGAACCCACCCUGCAUUUCUUUGGGCUUUUCGAGCGAGCAGAAACUGGAAACUUGUGAAAGAGGUUGUCCCGUAUAUGAGGGACAGGAUAGAAAUAGAGGACACGACGCGCGAGCAAUACUUGGCCAAAGGGGUGGACUCUGAUCGUGAGGCAGAGAUGGUUUCAGGCUUUGAUGACCAGUUUAAGCGCCACUUCUGCGUCGCUGCUCACGACCUUGCUGGAGAAGUUCGACAGCCGUUGGAGGAACUCGGAAUGCUGUACGAUGAUGUUCUCACCACGUCCACGCCCUCAUCUCCGUUUUCCCGCGCAAUUGGAUACUCUAGGCUACGUGCUGGUAAAGGCCAAUUGAUGUUCACAGUCCGCCAGUUGAAUAAACAAGACGCUUCCCGACUGGCAGCAUCAGGCUUCAGAUUCACCUCGAUUGACAAUGUCACGACCCUUCUCGCCCGCCGCAUGAAUAUUGCAUCGGGGACUCUGGAUGUGCACCUCAAAGACAUGAGAGACUUUGCCGCCUUCGGCCGGAAUUUUGAGCCUGGACUUCACCUUAUUUCCUUCAUUGUUCGCCCUACAGUUCAUGAUCGAUUUGAGGUACUGACUGCCAAGGGCACCAAGAACCCACUACCGUCGAUGACCCUGCAGACGAAACGUCUUCUAAUGCCUCAUUUGGAGAUUCUCUCACAUAUGGAAGGCUGGCCUAUAGCAACAUGCCUAGACUGGCUACGUUCCGAAAAAAUGCAAGCCCACAAGGAUCAAAGCAUGUUUAUUGAAGACUUGAUCCAAUCAAUGUCCGCCCUCGCUUCAUCGCUCCCACCGGAUGUUAAUUCAGCGUCUCGUUUCUCGCCUCGACCUUUGAGCGCACCAUGCCGCAGCACAAGAAUUUCUGACAAUAAGACCUGCAUGCUACUCGCCUUCUGUACGGUAGGGUCUUUGAACACGCGCGUCGACAAUCCAGAUUAUGCCUUUGUGCCCCUAAGACUAUUCCGCAUUCAACAACAGGUGAACGGCGGCGUCACUGAUGCAGACGGUCUCGCAAAAGAACUCAGUCAAGGUCUUCUCUACUCAAACAUCCGAUCGGGUUCAGCUACCGAUUCCGAAUUCGCUUCCUCGACCCGGUCCAUUUUCAAGAUAUGGCCGCAGCGAAAACGGCUACGUGAUCGAAUGCGAACAGUAUCUCAGGAGAGUCUCACCAACAGCACGCCUUUGGGAGACAUUGUUGUUCGCCGGGAGGUCAAAGUCGACGUUGCCAAGUUAUCGGAUGCGGCAACCGAGAACCCUCUGGGAAGACAAACUUCGAUUACUGUUGUGGAAGCUGGUGAUGCCGCUGCGCAGACCUAUGUCGACGAACUCUAUAACCUUUGUUACGCCCCGGGGAUGCGCUUACGCCCAGAUUCGGCAUUCUAA